AUGUUGAAUGAAGAAGUAUUGUUAUCGACAUCUUUAGAAGAUUCGGCUACAAACAUUAUAGAUUUUCGUAAUGGAAACAUUAUAUCAACAUUUAAACAGAACAAAUGUGAGAGGAAUUGUUUAAGUCUGGUUUCAUUGACGGGACAACCAAAUAGAAUUGGUUUGAUAUUAUCAGCUCAGAAUGAUAAAGCUUUGAUACAUGUUUAUUCUUUAUUUAAGGAACAAAUACAUAAUAAAUUAUUUUGUCCGGAGAAAUUAGUAAGUUUAAGUGUUUCUAAUAAGGGUACUUAUUGUGCUGGUGGUACUGAUAACGGGAAAAUAUACAUUUGGGAGCUAUCAACUGGCACAUUGUGUAAAGUAUUUGAUGCGCAUUAUAAGAAAAUCAAUGUAAUGAGAUUCACUAAUGAUGAUAUUGCAUUGAUAACUGGAAGCGAUGAUUCAAGUGUUAAUGUUUGGUUAUUUAGCAGAAUAUUAACAUCUUCAAUGGACAAUACUUGCAAAAUAUGGGAUUUAUCAACUGGAUAUUUAUUAACAACAUUUAUAUUUCCAAGCAUAAUCAAUUGCAUCGAAUUUGACAAAAUAGAAAGAAUGUUUUUUUGUGGAUGUAAUAAUAAAUUGAUUUAUCAGGUUAAUUUGUAUAAAAAUAUCGGUAAUAGUAGUAAUGGUGGUGGGAUAAUAAGAUCAGUUGGUGGAAAUAAAAAAAUUGAAGAUGUUGAUACUAGCAAAUCAUUAAUAUUUAGUGGUCACAAUUCACAAAUUACAUCAAUAGAAAUGCCAUUAUUCAAUGAUAAUAUAUUAAUAUCAGGAUCAGAAGAUGGAGAAAUAAUAGUUUGGGAUAUUUUUAUUCAACAAUUUAAAAAGUCAAAAGUAAUUGAUCAAGAAGAAUUUGCUAAUACGAUUUUAUGUGAUAUUAGAAAGGAUGUAAGUGACUAUAAUAAUAAAUGUGAUGGUGAAGAAAUAAUAUCACAAGAAUUUAAAAAUUUGAAGAAUGCGAAAUAUAUUCUAAGUCAAUCCAAGAUUUAG